AGAAGAAGAAGAAGAAGAAUUCUAUCUAGUGGUCUAUAUAAUACUGUCAUGGCGGCAUCCACGGCAGACAGCUGGAGUUGGUUUCCUGCGUUAGCACUUGGUGUUUCUUUCCUGAAAUGUCUUAUGAUAAAUUCAUAUCAUUCCACAGACUUUGAGGUUCACAGGAACUGGCUCGCCAUCACACACAGCCUACCUGUGUCAAAGUGGUACCAUGAGAGCACCUCAGAGUGGACCUUGGAUUACCCUCCUUUAUUUGCCUGGUUCGAGUAUGGCCUGUCCCAUGUGGCUCAACAUUUUGACAAGAAGAUGCUGGUUGUGCAAAAUCUCGGCUACGCCAGUCCUGCUACCGUCCUCUUCCAGAGGUUGUCUGUCAUUGCAACAGAUGUGGUGUUUAUCUAUGCUGUCAGAGAAUGCUGUAGAAGUGUGAGAGAGGAGAAGGGUUCUAAGGAUCUACUGGUGCGUCCAUAUUUCAUCCUGGCAGCUCUGCUCCUGUGGAAUUAUGGACUCCUCAUUGUUGACCACAUUCAUUUCCAGUACAAUGGAUUCCUGUGUGGAAUUCUACUACUAUCUGUUGCAAGACAUUUACAGGGCAGACAUCUGGAGGGGGCAUUUCUCUUUGCUGUCCUCCUGAACCUUAAACACAUCUACCUGUACAUUGCUCCUGCCUACGGGAUCUUCCUGUUGCGAAGCUACUGCUUUACCAAGGACAACACAGAUGGAUCUGUGAGAUGGAGCAGUUUAAGUCUUGUUCGUCUGAUAGCUCUUGGAUCUAUCGUAAUAUCGGUCUGCGCCCUGUCUUUUGGCCCAUUCAUUGCUAUGGGCCAGCUCCCGCAAGUUCUGUCUAGACUUUUUCCCUUUAAGAGGGGUCUAUGCCAUGCCUACUGGGCCCCUAACAUUUGGGCCCUCUAUAAUGUGGUGGAUAAAGCUCUGUCUGUGUUGGGUUUGCGUCUGAAGCUUUUGGCAAAUCUUCCCAAGGCCUCGAUGACUGGAGGAUUGGUACAGGAGUUCCAGCACUCCGUCCUCCCGUCUGUGUCUCCAUCCGCCACACUCAUUUGCACACUGGUGUCCAUCCUGCCUGCAGUGUUAAGUAUAUGGCGUUGUCCACGUGGUGCCAGGGGGUUUCUCCGGUGCCUGGUGGUUUGUGCACUCUGCUCUUUCAUGUUCGGCUGGCACGUCCAUGAGAAGGCCAUCCUUAUGGCCAUACUGCCCCUCAGCGUACUAGCAGUUGAGAGCAGAGAGGAUGCUGGCAUCUUCCUGAUGCUGGCCACUACUGGGCAUUACUCUUUGUUUCCACUUCUUUUUACUGCAACAGAGAUGCCCACUAAAGUCCUGUUGAUACUGCUGUUUACUCUGUACAGCUUCACUUCCUUAAAGAAGCUGUUUAGGCUGCUUCUACCAGGGGGUCUCUAAAACCUUGAUUCAUAACCACCAAUCCAGAUCCAUUCCUGCUGUUUUUGUAUGAUCCAUUCUGAUCCAACUGCCAUUGCUGACAACCUCACCAACUAUAUUCCUCGCUGCAUUUUUCAAUGUGGAUUUGCUAUUGAGAAGCCACGCUCAACAAAGGUAUAGCCAACUGGAAAAGCCCUCGGAAAAGGCCCCCUAGACCAGCCCCAUACAUAGCAGCGCUACCAUGAUACGCCGGUUUAAACCGUUACCAGCCUGUGUGUGUAGUAUUCAACAUACUUUGAGGAUCAUCAUAGUUUCUGUGGCUGCAUCUUAUAGUCUAAAAGAUUUGUUUCACGGGUCUGAAGUGUAAUUUUGCAAUUACCCUUUCCACCUAGAAUGAUACAACUGAUUCUGAUCAAUUUUACUUCAGUACAGAUCUAAUCAAAACUGACUCUUACAAGAGGUACAUCAGUGUGCUUGUCGUACGUCACUGUGACAACUUUGUUCUUUUUUCCCCUGCAAUGCAUGCAGUUCUUAACAAGAGAUGCUGUCCCAACUCUCUUGAUAAUCAAUUAUCUGUGUAGGGUGUAACCCCUGCCAGAAUAUCUUUUGGGAAUGGGCCGUACCAUUCGGGGUACCACAGUUUUACCUGGUAUUUUAAGCCUAAUAUCUGUUCCAACUUUGUACUACAUUUUAAACUAAAUGGGGUUCGCCUUUUAGAGACAUUAUAUUUUAAAAUCAUAAUUCCUCACCCAUACGCCAUGUGAAUUUAUUUCAAUGUUGAUCUCGGCCACUAGUUUCCUUUGCCAUUGUAAUGACCGGUCUUCAUAUUUCAAAGUUUUGUCGUGUUUCCCCCCAUGUAAAAGUCUUUCGCAUAUGCAGGUAUUGGAAUUCUAUUAAAGACACUUCCAUAUCCCUUUCAAAUCUAUACCUUUGGCAAAUUUUGUGGCAUAGCUUGAACUCAAUUGUUUGGAUAGAUGUGUCUCAAUGAGUUACUAGGUAGCAUCGUGUAGAAACCACCGUCACCCAUGUGGUCCCACAGUGAUCCUGCAAAUCCUAGUGUUUUAUCCAG